AUGAAGGAAGGUAGAUUUGGAGCGAUCGCUCCUGUGAGUGAAAAAAAAACAGAUGGAACACAACCUCCAGAUUCCACAGCCGAUUUACGAAAACAAAACGGUGGUCCUGCUUAUGAAGCCAGCCAAGCUCUGCACCUACUGCAGGAAGCCGCUCCGGCACCUAGUACUAGAACUAAAGGGGUCUCCUUGCCUUCUAGAGGCACGGGUAAGGAGAGAUCAAAACUGGGACCUCCAGAUGAAGAAGAUUAUGUAGAAGAAGACGAAGAGAGUUCGGAAAUGUCAGCAUCUGAUGAAGAUGGUUCAUGGAUAACAUGGUUCUGUAGUUUACGAGGGAACGAGUUCUUUUGCGAGGUUGACGAAGAUUAUAUUCAAGAUGAUUUCAACUUGACUGGAUUGAACAGCCUCGUCCCAUAUUAUGACUAUGCGCUGGAUAUGAUCCUGGACGUAGAAAUGCCGAUGGAAGAGUCUUUGACUGAAGAGCAGCAAGAAAUUGUAGAAUCUGCGGCUGAAAUGUUGUACGGGUUGAUUCAUGCAAGAUACAUUGUAACAAAUCGGGGGAUGCAUGCCAUGUUUGAAAAAUAUCGAACUGCAGCAUUUGGGAGAUGCCCUUCAGUAUUCUGUCAGGGCCAACCAGUUUUGCCGAGCACAAGACAGGCUAACAUAGAUGGAGCGUACUUUGGAACGACGUUCCCUCACCUCUAUUUGAUUACUCAUCCGGAUAUGAUCCCUUCCAAACCAACGCAAACAUAUGUUCCGCGGGUAUAUGGCUUCAAGGUUAAUGAAGCAAGUUUGUUUUACAGAAAUCACGAAGAGGGACCACAACGUCAACCAAUAGCCCCUCAUCGGCAGAGUCGUCGAUCAAGAAAUAGAGGAGGAAGGAAGUAG